GCAUCCCAGAACUAACUCAGCUCCGACUGGUGAAUGGCCCGAGUCGCUGUGCUGGGAGAGUCGAGGUGCUUCACAACCAGCAGUGGGGAACCGUGUGUGAUGACAACUGGGAUUUAACUGAGGCCAGAGUCGUGUGCAGGCAUCUGGGCUGUGGAACGGCAUUAUCAGCCCCACGUGGGUCUCGGUUUGGACAGGGAACUGACCGUAUCUGGCUGCAUGAGGUAAACUGCACAGGGACAGAAGCUGCCCUCUCCGAAUGCAGGGCUAGGCCUUGGGGAGAGCAUAACUGUAACCACGUAGAAGAUGCUGGUGUUGUGUGCUCAGACUCGAUCAUUCCAGACCCAGGUCCUCUCCAGCUGGUGAACGGCCCCAGUCGCUGUGCUGGGAGAGUCGAAGUGCUUCACAACCAUCAGUGGGGAACCGUGUGUGAUGACAGCUGGGACUUAUCUGAUGCUGGAGUUGUGUGCAGGCAGCUGGACUGUGGGACAGCGUUAUUAGCCCCGGGGAUGGCUUACUUUGGGAGAGGUUCUGACACCAUCUGGAUGGAUGAGGUUAACUGCACAGGGACAGAAGCUGCCCUCACCGAUUGCAGGGCUCGGCCUUGGGGAAAAAAUAACUGUCACCAUGGAGAAGAUGCCGGUGUUGUGUGCUCAGACUCAGGCAUUUCAGCAGUGGCUCAACUCCGACUUGUGAAUGGCCCAAGUCGCUGCGCUGGGAGAGUCGAGGUGCUUCACAACCAGCAAUGGGGAACCGUGUGUGAUGACAACUGGGAUUUAACUGAGGCCAGAGUCGUUUGCAGGGAGCUGGGCUGUGGGACGGCAUUAUCAGCCCCACGUGGGUCUCGGUUUGGACAGGGAACUGGCCAUAUCUGGCUGCAUGAGGUAAACUGCACAGGGACAGAAGCUGCCCUCUCCGAAUGCAGGGCUAGGCCUUGGGGAGAGCAUAACUGUAAUCACGUAGAAGAUGCUGGUGUUGUGUGCUCAG